ACCAGAUCCAAACCCGGGGCUCAUCUGGGGUUAUCUUGGACGACCCUCAGACUAUAAGUAGGAAGGGUUCCCAAGCCUGGUGUACCCUCAUCAUCACAACGAGUCUCUCACACAAAGCAACACUUAAGACCAUACAACACAACACACAACUUGAACGCUAUCAUCAUGUUCUCUUACCUCCCCCUCGCCCUCGUUGCCACGUUGGCAGCUUCGAAACCGAUCGUCUUACCAACCUACAACGCCUCUGAUCUACCUCACCUCCAAGGUGUUCAACAGGGAUCGUUCGGGCCCAAACCACCUCAUCUCCAAGGCCUCGAACAAGGCGCCUUCUCCCGUCGAAGUGACCUUGAAGCGCGUCAGGGAGCAUCAGGAUGGGGAUCGAACGGAGCUGGAGGUUGUUCAGUCUCUCGUGGUAUGGCAACCAACCCUGGUGAUGCUACUCCCGGUAAUGGUGAUCCUCAUCAAAACUACUGGCACGUCCAACUCAGUCAACCCAUCUCGUGUGGUGAUGGAGGAUGUUCCGUCGGUGAAACCAAAACGGAAUCACUCACCGUCGGAUUCACUGUUGGAUUCGAUACCGGAGAAGACAGCCAAUGGUUCACUCCCUCUUUCUCAGUUCAGAAAUCGUACAUCACCGGUAACUCUUGGACUUGCGACGGGAACCCCAACGGUCGAGUCGCCAUCUGGCAAAACGUGGCACACACAGCUUACAGUGUCUGGAACACGCCAUCAGGUAACUGUGGAGAGUCCAACAGUGACUAUGACACCUAUGUCAACAUCUACCGAGCUCCCAACACCGACAACGUUGGUGGUGGAUUCUACUGUGUCAGAGAUGACGGUAGCGGAUACGUCCGAAACCAAGGCGAUGGAUACUGGGAGAACGGCUGUGCCGGAGGUCCUCAGUCAUACUGUGGAAACGGCCAAGUCAUGAACUCAUAAGCCGUUCCUAACACCUGUAGCAUAUAGUUAGAACGUCAGAAGCAAAGCAAAGAGAAGCAGAAAGUAUGAAUUGGAAGUAGCGAUACCUAUAUGAGUUGAAUCGGGAGUAGCGAGACCUAUUUGAGUUGAAUCGGAAGUAUCCAGACCUAUUUGAGUUGAAUUCGAUAUCUCUUCAUUCGUUGACUGAGAG